CGCGGCUGGGCGUCAUGCCGCCCGUGCUGUCCCCCGGCCCCGCCGUCUACUACCAGAAGGACACAGAUGUCUACAAGACGAGACCGCCGUGCUACUCGCUGGGCGCGCGGCUGGCGGGCGCGGGCAAGGCGUCGCGCACACCGGGUCCUGCGGCCUACCCUCCCAAUCUUUAUAAUACUAAAAAGAAUCCCUACUCAUAUUCAUUUGGUACGAAACACAACCAAUAUGCUUGUCCAAUGAUAAUAAGGGAAGACACUAUGGACUGUCUUUAAAUAUUUUCCGGCCAAUAAAGACACAUAAGGUCUACAGUGAUACUGUUUAAAUCGUUGAGGUAAUAAAAAAAAUUGGCAUUCGUAUGUAAUAAAUAAACAUAGAAUAUACAAGCGAAUGACAUUUUGUCGUAAGUUUUUCCCAAAAAAAAUUGUAGGUAAAAUGUCAAAAAUGUAAAAAGACAGUGGCAUUGUAACGCCUUAGCAACGAGUCUUUUUGGCAAGUGGCAACAUUAGACAGCAACUUUUGUAGUGAAAAAAAAAAUAAAAAUGUGAAGUCCUGUGACGUAGCGUGCGGUCAUAGCUUAAACUGAGGUUAUUCUCAAAUUGUUUGAUAUUCGUAUUGUUUUUUGUGGACGUUUUAUUAAAUGAAACUUAUUAUA